UGGAGCCAAGAUGGAAGAGGAGCCGCUGCCGACGCUGCCGGAGGGGGAGAGGCUGCCUCGGUCUUCCCAGAAGGCGUUUCCUCCCUCCUCCAGAGAUAGGCGUGCGCCUCUCUGCAAGCGGCAGUGAAAGUUCGGGCUUGUGAGAGCGCCUUCUCCGCAGGGGCGACCAUGGCCCUCCGGGGAUCGCUGGAGGGACCCGGGGGCCGCUCGGCCGCCGCUUUUUGAUCCGGCUCCUGCUGCUGCCUUCGGCGCCUUCCUCGCGAGCAUGUAGGAAGGGGUGCCAGGAAAUGCUCGGGAGUCCAGCGCUCGAAGGGAAGGUGCCCGGGCUCUGAUCCAAGGAAGGCGCGCGCCCGGAUCCCACCCCCGGCCACCCUCCCCGGUGCCGCGGAACCGGAGUCAGACCCGGCGGCAAGCCUCCUUCGCUGCGUCCUCUCGGUUUCGCCGCCGCCGCCCCUAACUCGUUUUUGAGCCCGGCAGGGUGGAUACGUCUCUUGCAAUGCCGGUUUGGAUGGUUUUUAUUUUGGGGGGGCUAAGAGACGGCGGGGCCCCCACGCCUUUUUAAUCCAUGGGUCAGGGGCUUGCGCUUUGAUCCGGCCAGGUGGGGCGGGGGAGUGGCAGCGCAUUUUGCGCCUCUAUUUAUUUAUUUAUGGUUCAUUUUUAAAUAUACACAUAUAUAAAGAUGUACACGUUUGUGGCACGGGAUGAGAACAGCAGCGUCUACGCGGAAGUCUCCAAAAUCCUGCUUUCCACCGGACAAUGGAAGAGGCUGAAAAGGGACAACCCCAGGUUUAACCUCAUGCUGGGGGAAAGGAACAGGCUGCCAUUUGGGAGACUGGGUCACGAACCUGGACUUGUGCAGCUGGUGAACUAUUAUAGAGGAGCUGAUAAGCUUUGCCGCAAAGCUUCUUUAGUGAAACUAAUCAAGACAAGUCCUGAAUUAGCAGAAUCUUGCACAUGGUUCCCGGAGUCGUAUGUGAUUUACCCAACUAAUCUCAAGACUCCAGUGGCUCCAGCACAGAAUGGGACCCAUCAUUUGAUAAACAACCCAAGAACGGAUGAAAGGGAAGUUUUCCUGGCAUCCUAUCAGAAGAGGAAAGAAAGCGGAGAGGGAAGUGUGUGGAUAGCCAAAUCUUCGGCGGGGGCCAAAGGUGAAGGAAUUCUUAUUUCUUCGGAGGCUACGGAACUUCUGGACUUCAUAGAUAAUCAAGGACAAGUGCAUGUGAUUCAGAAAUACCUUGAGAAGCCUAUGCUUUUAGAACCAGGUCAUCGCAAAUUUGAUAUUAGAAGCUGGGUGCUAGUGGAUCACCAGUAUAAUAUCUACCUCUACAGAGAAGGUGUUCUACGGACCUCUUCCGAACCUUACAAUAGUGCUAAUUUCCUAGACAAAACCUGCCAUUUGACCAAUCACUGCAUACAGAAGGAAUAUUCAAAGAACUAUGGGAGAUAUGAAGAAGGGAAUGAGAUGUUUUUUGAGGAGUUUAAUCAGUAUCUGAUGAGCGCUUUGAACAUUACUCUGGAAAACACAAUCUUAUUGCAAGUCAAAAAUAUAAUAAGAAGCUGCCUUAUGUGUAUAGAACCCGCUAUCAGCACCAAACACCUUCAUUACCAGAGUUUCCAGCUCUUUGGCUUCGAUUUCAUGGUGGAUGAAGACUUGAAGGUCUGGCUGAUCGAAGUGAAUGGUGCCCCUGCGUGUGCCCAGAAACUUUACGCAGAACUAUGCCAAGGUAUAGUGGAUGUAGCCAUCUCUAGUGUCUUUCCUCUUAGUGACACACCACAGAAGCAGAGCCAGGAACCAAUAUUUAUUAAGUUGUGAUGAUGAUCACAUUUUUUAAAAAAAACAACGUCCACCCAAAACACAUGAGAGAACUGCGGCCUACGGAUUUUGGGGGGGAAAGAGGAAGCUUGGAUCGAUCAUUACACUUGCUCACCAGGCAGAAAGGAUACAGAACGAUGUCUCGGAAAUUUAGGAGGGAUGCCAAGUUUCCAAGAAAAGUCCAAAAUGAACCAAAGCUGUCUCAUCAACGCUGUGUGUGUGUGUAUUUUGGAACACCUUUGCUUUUGAAAGGAUUCUUGCAAUGGAAGGAAAUUCUGUAGGAGAACAGUGCAACAGUUCUGCUUUAACGUGAGCAAAAACAGGGACGUUUUGUUUUUCGCACCCCUCCAAUGUAAUAAGUUAUUUUAGCAAAGCAUUCUUCCAGGGAUUCCAUGGCUUGGAGGUUUUGUCAACUUGACAUACUGUCAUGUGGGUAUUGUUUUGUUUUGUUUUGUUUUGUUUCCUUCACCUGCUGCAGUUCUAGUGCCUUAGCUAUGUUCCCAAUAAGUAACUUAUUUUAUUCUUACUUUGUUCUGUAGCUUUUCUUUUUAAAAAAUUUGUGGGGUAUAAACUGUUCCUUUAAAAACUGUUAUAUAUAUGUGUGUGUGUGUGUUGAGUUUUAAAAAAACCUGUGGUGUUUUUAUUAUUAUUGAACAUUACAACGUGCAGAAAACUAACCUGAAGGACUGCUAUCUCCCUUUUGACUCCCACGCCAAUAAUGCAGGAGUGGGCAUUGUUUGACUGUUGAGAUGGCGCUGGACUACAAUUCCCAUCAUCCUUAGCUGUUGGCCAUUCUGAUUGGUGCGGAUGGGAGUCCAACAUCACCUGAAGGUUCUGUCAUCCCUGCUGUAAUACAGGCCGGCACAACUCGUGACCUAAACAAGUCAAGGCAACCAGCCGUGUUCCUGUGGCUUGGCAGACCCUUGACAAUCUCUCUCUGUUUGCAGACCCAGGCAGCUUUGAAAUGAAAGGUUUGUUAAGACUGCAGUCUUAUGUUCACUUACCUGUAAGGCUCAUUGAGACUGAUUUCUACGUGAACAUGCAAAGCGUUGGGCUGUAUGCCUCCGAGACGUUGCCGUGCAUAGUUGAUAAUGGGCAGCAUUUAGCUUGGUUGGCCAGAGGUUUUGCAGGCCAUCCUUAAUGUAGCUUCCAUCCGUUAUUCCUCAGGAUCUGGUAUUGCUUUUUUAAAAAUAGCAAAAAUGGCACUGAAACCAUAGCACGUGUGUCCUAGCAUUAGGACCUUUUCCCCCCAAAAACGUUCACAUCAUUUAGACUCCAGUCUUUGGCUGCAGAACCCUUUUCACCACCUUUUGUGUUUUAACUGUUUCCCCCCUUUGACUUUUACUCUUUUGGUUCGUUUUAUUCAUAUUUCUUAACGAGGGGAGAUCACUGGAAAGGAACAUUGCCAUCUUCUUCUGUUGCAUUAAAAAACCCCAUCCUUUUGCAUAUCUCUUCAUCUUAUUCUAAGGCUUCGGAGGUUCCAAAAUACAGGCCACUGACCCCUUUCCUGUUUGACAGAUGUUGUGGCUUGGUUCAGACGUCACAGCCAAACCACGGUUUGGUGGUUGUGAACCGACUUGGAAGUUCUUAUGCUUCCUCCUUUCCCUCAUGUUCCAUGCCACCCUUUUGGUUUGCAGUAACUAUAAUUCUCCAUGAUUGCCCAGUGAGCAAACUAUGGUCGCCACAGCCACUGGUUUGAGUCUAACCAGUAUUGAAACAAACCAUGGUUAGGAGGCAUGCUAUGGUUUGUGAUAAAGCAGUUUUUGCCCAAUUUGGACCUUAUGGCAAAUUAAGUCUACUGUGAACUAGGUGGGAUGGAGGGAGCAAGCCCGUUUGCAACCGUGAAAUAAUUGCUCUCUGCCAUUAUUUCUCUGAAACAGUUCUGUAUAGUUUAGAACUAGCAACAACAUUGCAUCCACAAGACCAUCCCAUAAAAUAAAUUAUUUUAAGAUUCAGUUUAUUAUAUAAAGAAGCUGGCAUUUGGAAGUUCUGGGUUCAACCAUAAACAUACUUACAUGUAAAUAAGGCUGAGUGCAAUAGGGAAAAAAAAGAUACUAGAACUUUGUUUUUAAGGUAGUCGCUAUGGUCUCUUAGGAACCCAAGAGGUAGGCGAAAUUAGAUCUCGUGUAUCAUCUGCUGCACUUGUGGUAUCCUCAGAAUGCAUAAUAGGAGAUUAGAUGCUGCUUGAAUACAUACAACCUGGUCCUAUACAUAUUUACUUAGAAAUAAAUUCUGCUAGUUUCAAUGGAACUUGCUUCACGUUUUGAGAGCUUAGGAUCAAAGCUUCAGCUUCAAUAUUCAAGAAAGCUUUGCAAAAAUGUUUGAGCAAAGCGUGGUAAGCUAUAAACUCUUAGGUCUUGUACUCAGACUCGUGCUUGAGAUUGCUCAGCUUUGGGGUUCGGCUGUGAUUGCACACAAAGCAAGCAUUAACUGCUCUGCAUCUAUGACUCUUGUUGCCCUUGCAGACUUGGCUACAGAAGCAUGCCUUCGGCAUUUUAUCAAACCAGAUUAAGUUGCCUGACAAGUCAUUAAAAUGUUCGGGUGACAAAUUUGUAAGUUCUUCAGUGGCGAAAAGGUGCUUCUGACAUACUUAGGUUAAUGUAGUGUAUCCCCUUUGGAACUAAAUGUAAUUGCUCUGGCUUAGGUGGGGUCAACUUUUAACUAGCCCUUGUUCUUGGGGUUUAACAGCAUCUUGAUGACACUUACUGCUGCAUUGUAAACAUGCUGCCUUUGCAAAUCUGCUUACUACAAGAGGCCAGACCGAGACAGUCCCCCGCUGCCUGCUAUUCAGUUGGCAACUCUCACUGGAUUUUGGAUUGGACUGCAUGCCAUUUUAGACCAUUGCUCCCUAUCAGUGUGAGGCCAUUGUUCCUAUGGUAAUAUGGCCUCCCCUCUGAAUGGAAAAUGGCUCCCCAGGCAAAGAUGGUGGAAAGUUUCUUCUGCUUCCCUAAUAUGGAAGAGGCACAUACUGGCAGAACAGAGUCAAAACAGGUUCACAUCCACCAAGGCAGAACAUGCCAUAACCCACUUCAGAAAGUAUUGGCUAGAGGAGAGCUGUUGGCUCGGAAAGAUGUGAAGGCCUCACAAAGGCUGGGUGGUCUGGUCCUCCGAUUGACUGCACAUUGCCUCCACUUGAAGGGUUAUUUUCUGAUUUUGCUUAUGGAAGGAGAGGACACUGUGAAUUGUGUUGGGCUGUGUCUUCAGAGUCUGAUUAGUCUAUCAAAGCAAGAUCUUCUGGUCUAGAAGAUCUGGAAGUGGAGGGAUGAUAAGUUCCCUAAAGGCACUUCCUCUUCAUCCUUGUCUUCCUCUGAGCUCAAGGGCAGACUGAGCCCUGAGAACAUUUGUCUCACCUGGUAUUGUGUAUUCUGGUUGACAGUGCCUUUCCACAGUCUCGGGCAUGUAUUCUAGCACUGAGCUAUGGAGCUUCUCCUUUGCAGAAGCUGCUAUGGGCUUUCUGUUUGCUGCAGAGAAUUCCUUUUGGGUUGCAGAGUCAGUUCAUGUAGGAUGCUAGGCCCACACAUUCUGAGUAGAGUAGAGAGCACACCUUGACACUCAUCCAGUGCUCUCCUGUGGCAAAUAUUGCGGGAGAAUCUUUGUAUAGUGAAGAGUGGCAUGCAAACUUCUUUUUGCAGAAGCUUGUCCGCCAUGACUGAUCAUCUCAUGGAGGAAAAAGGACCUCAACAAACCUAGUAUUGCCCAAAACAUUGCUCAAGAAACCACUGCUGUAAGGCACUGGGAAUUUUUCAGAUCUCAGAUUAGACAUUCAGCCACUCAGGUUUUAAUAGUGAGGGGUGUAUAAAUAUUGAAUGGUUUUAGGAUCAUGGCAUGAUAAACUAAGAAGUACAUGGAAGGAAAGUAUACAUUGUUGUCUCCUCUCUCCUGCAGCCUUCUGAAAGGCCUCAUGGAAUUGGGAAAGGGGGCUGAUGGGGGACAGGGAAUUGCACAAACUUAGGUUUGGGUCGACCCAAAUUCAGACAAUUCUCCCUUUCCUCCAGAAAGGGUUGUUUCAGAGAUUCGCCUGAACAUUUCAAGAUAGUUGUAGAGAGGGGAGGAGACAGGAAACUUUCAUUUCACAGUCUUCCUUAAUUUAUCUUAGGCUCUAAGCCCACGACUUCUGCUUUAUUUUUCUGUCUAUUUUGACUUUAUUGUUGAUGUCUUCAUUUAAACAUUCUUUUUGUAUUUUUCCUCCAUCAUCAUUUGUCCCCACCAUCUAAUUGCUAACACUGUGUUUGUUGUUCCAUUAACUAACUGGAUCCUCCCCCACAAUAAAAAAUCAUUGCGAUACGUAAUUUGAUAGCUGAGGAGAAAAGAUGUGAACUGUUGAUGGAACAGUUAAAAUUUCCUUGGAUUAUUGCAUUUAAUCCCUUUUUUGCAAGUAGAAGAAUGUAUAAUGCAAAUUCGGGUAUUCAAACAAUUUUUGAACAUCCAGUACAUAAUUCAUAAUUCAUUGCUGAUAUGACUUGAGUAGGUGACCUAUAGUUAGAAAUGCAUUUACAUGAAAAUGGGAUACAGUUCUCUUAAUUUUAGAAAGUAAAAAACUAGAUAAUAAGAGAUUUGGAUGGUGGGCACUUUACCAGCUUUUGCAGAGUUUUCUGAAACUACCUUUGCAGGCAGACUUUGUAUGACAAAACGCAGCAAACAAAAUGUGAUGCACAGCAUGACUCUUACGAGUUUAACAAAUGCAGAAUAACAGGACAGCACUUAAUUGUGGACUUAGGAUUUCUGCCCAUCGCUAUGAAAAUUCCUUUAUGGCUUUGUAAUGUUCUGUGGGAAGGCCUUGUUUAGGAACACAAAUAUAGCACAUAAGUUCUUUUGCUUUUCUUAAAAAAAGAUCUCUCUUUAAAAAAAGGGCUGUGUUCCAAUGUAAGACAAUUAUGUGUAUGGCCUCUUUUGAUAUUUGGGGAUAUCUUUUCUACGCUGUAACUGAUUUGUGUGUCCUUUGUAUUGUGGUGGAAUCAUGCAUACUAGAAACCUUGUUGUGUUGUCAAAAUCCAAUGACUUGCAGAUCUUUUUUCCAGUAGGAUUUCGGAAACGGUUUUCUGCUCAGCCAAACCUUCAAAGCAAUAAGAGAAUGGAAAUUCAACUACUAAGGUGUAAAUACCCACGUUCUUAGUGCAAGUAUCAUGUACAUUUGUUCCAUAAAAUAACUGAAACGUACAAUAGUUAGUGACAAGGCAGACUUAAAUACAGGACGUGAUUGUGACUUGAGUGAAUGGACGAACGAUCUGAAGCAUCACUUUCGCAAAAAUGAAAAAUUGGUACAUUGUGCCCCAUUUUGAGAGAGACAUGUUGUCCAGUUUUAAAUACAUAAAUAAAAAGCCCAACCAAUCCAUGAAAAAGCCCAAUGUGAAUAGAUUGACAUCUUUUCAUUUUAAAGUUAGCCAGUAGCGUAAUCUGUCAAUUCAAUACAGUAUUUAGUAUAAUUUAUCCUGGUGCAAUUUGUCUUAAUUUUGCAUUGGAUACAGGAUUGCAGCUCAGCCUGCAAUUCUGUAUCCAUUUACCUGGGGAUAAGCCUUAUUCAACUCAGUGGGACUUACUUCUGAGUAGACCCAUAUAGGAUUGCCCUCUUUUGCUUUAAUUUCUACAUGAGGCCUACUCUGUUGAGUUUUUAAAAGGAUUUGCUCAAGUGGUCCGUCCCGCGCAGAAUGUAUAAUUUACUGUUGAGGAGUUAGAAAACUCAAUUUCUGCGGCAAACAGUAAUUUAAGACUUAGAAGAUGGCGGUGUUAAAAGUAGAAGCUCUUUUUAAAUGCAAGCACUUUUAGAAACAAUUGCCAGAAACAAUAGGUAAGAAAAUAAAAGCAUUUAGGCUAUCCUCCUAAACAUGUUUACUUGGGGAGCAAGCCUCAUUGAAUACAGUGAGACUUGCUACGGAAAUAAAACACGCAUAGAAUCGAACUGUUACUCAGGGGUUUCCUUCUCAGAUGGUUUCCACUGAUGACUUGACAUUUGCCCUCUAUCACUCUCCUUACAAGGUAUUUUAGGCUCUGGCUAAAUCUCAAAAGCCCUUUUUGGAAAACGAAAAGGGGUAAAAUGGCCACAGCAGGAAACUGGGAAAGCUGUCUGAGAAAGACGGCUUUUAAACCAGUGGCUUGGCCACUAUCACUCCUGACAGUGACUCUGUGCCUUCAGUAGCUAAGCAGAAAUUCAAGUGGUGUAGCUGCUCCUACUGAAUUUCUGCCUGUUAUGAAACUGUUGAAGGAAUGGCAGGGCCUCUUUUACAAAAUGGGUGGCACCCCUUUUAGCAAUCAGCAGUCCUUUAUAUACAGGAUCUGAGGAGAAACAGGGAAAGGAGACAUACCCACCUUCUUCCCAUCAGGAUUUUAUUUUCCAAGUGGAUUCAUGUUUUAGCUCAUAGGAAAAAUAUCCUAUAAAAAACUACCCCUUCUGUGCUAAAAUCUCUAAAAUGUGUUCCUACUACAAUUUAAGUGGUUGGCAUGCAAGUUAUUACAAACACAUUAAUGAUGUUCCUGACCCCAAAACCAGUUUCAUUCAUGUGGGGAGCCCUGCAUUUUGCCCUGUACGUAUUUGAGAGUCCUCAGUACUGAAUGUGUAUGAAUGGUCAAUGCAUGUCUCAUUCUCUGAGCAUUGUCUGUUUAAAAAUAAAAAAAGAUUCUGAAACCAUGUCAUAUACACAGUGUCUGAAGUUACGUCAUACCGAUCUUUCAUCUUCAGAAUAUUGUAGCGUGUGGAUCUUUGUGUCUGAUGAAAUAUGUGACUGUAAGCAGUGCAUGGUUUGCUGACAUUCGUAUUCAAACCUCUCCUGAGCAAAUUAAAAAUAUAAGCGAAUUAAAAAUAUAAAACCUAAUUUUA